UUUAUAGUGAGAGAAAAUGGUCUUAGGGCACAUCUCGUAGUGAUGGGAUUAUCAUUAAAUAUCUUUAAGUUUCUAUUUUCUUAGUAAAGCCACCUGUAAUGGGCAUAUCUUUUCAGUGACAUCAGAAAUCUGUAGGCAAUGUUGUCAUUUUUGCUCACUCAACCAUUUCAAAGUCGAGUUUGCUAUUUGGCAUUUCAAAUGGCGUUAUCUUAAUGAAAAAUGUAAUAGAAUAUGUAUUUAUGUGCUUUCCCGUACUUAAAGUAGUUUGAAAUGACUUUUUUCUAAUGUAAAUAGUCUAAUAAGAGGGGAAGCGUAAGGAUAAUGAGACGAAUAUUGCUCAUUUUCUUGUUUUCUUCAUGUUGGACACGCAGAAUAGAAAAACGUUCAGAAGAUGUUGACCCACUAUUGAAAGAGUUAUUUAAUGAGAUGAAUGAACCUGUUCCAAAAGAUCGCAGAGAUGGGCAAACGAGUAAUGCACCCGAGGAUGAAAUCUCGAAUUCUAAAAAUGGUUACAAUAACACUGGGACUAAUGUACCUGAUGACCUGACUCAUGAUCAUAAAGACACAACUAGUAAUGACUCUGUGAAGAACAACUCUUUGUCGCUUUCGGCUCCGGCAUCUACAAAUGAGGAUUCUUUAGCUGUGAGCAAUGACAGUAAAACUGUGCCAGAUGGCAAUGACGUUAUGAAAGCCACAAACAACGAUGGCAGUCGUCUUAAUGAUCAAAGUAAACUUGAAUCUUCAAACCAAGGAGAUGGAAAGUCAGAGUCAUUUAACGACCAUGACAGUAAAACUGUGCCAGAUGGCAAUGACGUUAUGAAAGCUACAAACAACGAUGGCAGUAGUCUUAAUGAUCAAAGUAAACUUGAAUCUUCAAACCAAGGAGAUGGAAAGACAGAGUCAUCUAACGACCAUGACAGUAAAACUGUGCCAGAUGGUAAUGACGUUAUGAAAGACACAAACGACGAUGGCAGUAGUCUUAAUGAUCAAAGUAAACUUGAAUCUUCAAACCAAGGAGAUGGAAAGACAGAGUCAUCUAACGACCAUGACAGUAAAACUGUGCCAGAUGGCAAUGACGUCAUGAAAGCCACAAACAACGAUGGCAGUAGUCUUAAUGAUCAAAGUAAACUUGAAUCUUCAAACCAAGGAGAUGGAAAGUCAGAGUCAUCUAACGACCAUGACAGUAAAACAGUGCCAGAUGGCAAUGACGUCAUGAAAGCUACAAACGACGAUGGCAGUAGUCUUAAUGAUCAAAGUAAACUUGAAUCUUCAAACCAAGAAGAUGGAAAGUCAGAGUCAUCUAACGACCAUGACAGUAAAACAGUGCCAGAUGGCAAUGACGUCAUGAAAGCUACAAACGACGAUGGCAGUAGUCUUAAUGAUCAAAGUAAACUUGAAUCUUCAAACCAAGAAGAUGGAAAGUCAGAGUCAUCUAACGACCAUGACAGUAAAACAGUGCCAGAUGGCAAUGACGUUAUGAAAGCCACAAACAACGAUGGCAGUAGUCUUAAUGGUCAAAGUAAACUUGAAUCUUCAAACCAAGGAGAUGGAAAGACAGAGUCAUCUAACGACCAUGACAGUAAAACUGUGCCAGAUGCCAAAGACGUUAUGAAAGCUACAAACGACGAUGGCAGUAGUCUUAAUGAUCAAAGUAAACUUGAAUCUUCAAACCAAGGAGAUGGAAAGACAGAGUCAUCUAACGACCAUGACAGUAAAACUGUGCCAGAUGACAAUGACGUUAUGAAAGCCACAAACAACGAUGGCAGUAGUCUUAAUGAUCAAAGUAAACUUGAAUCUUCAAACCAAGGAGAUGGAAAGACAGAGUCAUCUAACGACCAUGACAGUAAAACUGUGCCAGAUGGCAAUGACGUUAUGAAAGCCACAAACAACGAUGACAGUAGUCUUAAUGGUCAAAGUAAACUUGAAUCUUCAAACCAAGGAGAUGGAAAGUCAGAGUCACCAAAUUACGAAGAAGAUAAAACUGCGUUGGAUGGUAACGACGUCAUGAAACUUACAAACAGCAAUUUUAAUGAAACUCACAAUAAUGAUGAUGAUGGUAAACGAAUGUUUGCAAGUAAUAUUGACGUUAGCGCGGACUCUCUCCUGAACAAUCAGGAUAAAGUUCAUGUGAGCAGUGAAAACAAUGAUAGAAUUAAUAAAACCAAAGAAAACAAUCCAUUGGAUGAGAAUGCUGAAGCAAAUACAUCUAAUCAAGUAAAGGAACAACUCUCAAGUGAUGAAAGUAAUGAUGCUAUUCCAUUAAAUUCUCAAGUUGAUAAUGUUUUUUCUGACGCAAACAUUAGCUCAGAAACCAAGUCGAACAGCAAUGACAGAACUCCAUCAUCGAAAUCAACCGACUCGAAAACACAAUUAUCUGAAGAUAAAAUGUCUGACAUGAGUGAUGAUGGAAAAUUACCAGAAGAUAAGGAAGAUGAAACAACGAAAGCGUUUGUGGAAACACCGUCACAAAAGGUCUCAUCAAACACUGAAGUGAAUGGCAAAAGUAACGAAAAUGAAUCAAAUAAACAUAUCACUAGUGGCGAUGACGAACAAGUCAAAGUUGAUGAUGUUGAGGGGAACAGUAAUGUAUCACCAGGAUUAUCCCCGGAAGUCCCUGCGAGUGUUCCUUGGACACCCUUAAGUAACGUUAUUCCAAGCAACUUUGUGACACCAUCAAAUUAUGAAGGAAAUUUACUUGAUAACAAUGCCAAAACUCAGACUGGUCAAUCACAAGGUGAAUGGUCAGCGGUUUCUUCUCCAGCCAUGCAAACAACUGGUAGUUUGGAGACCAAUGAAAUGCGAGAAGUCGUGAAAAAGAACAAGAUACCAGUAGCCCCUGUCAGGCGGGCUGGUUCAUCUUCGUUUCCACUACAACUUCAUAAACAUUCUCCUGGAGAGGCGUUGAUCAAGAAAUUUUUCAUCGCGAAAAAACAAGCAAAAAAAAGAAAAGAAGAAGCAAGCAGGAAAUCGCUCAUUGGAGAUGGCAAAUACACAGUUACUUCAAAUAAUGGGUUUUAUAACUAUGUCGCUGCAACUCCAGUCCCACAUGCCGCUGUGGCAGAUACUAAUGAAGAUGUAUGUGUGGAUAAGUAUGUUACCUGUCCUGAAUUUGCCAAGAACCAUUACUGCACGGACUACAAAAAAUUAAUGAAAGUUCAAUGCAGAAAAUCCUGCAAUUUCUGUGACGGUGAUGAAGAAGAUGAAGACUUCGAUGAUGAAGAUGAUUCAAAAGAUAGUGAUGAUGAUGAAGUUAAAAGUGAUGAUAAAGAUCGCGCAUUUGAUAAAAAUGGCAAAAGUGAAGAUGAUGAUGGCAAUGAUGGGGAGACGAGCGAUAAAGGUAAAUUUGGGAAAAAUAAUCACCGUAAAACAAACAGUGACGAUGAUAAUGAUGAUGAAUAUGAUGAUCAAAAGGAUGAUAAUGAUGAUCACGACGAUCAUAAAAACUCUAAGAAUGAUCACAAUGAUGAUGACGAUGAUGACGAUGAUGAUGAUGAUGAUGAUGAUGAACAAGAUGAUGAACAUAAUGAUAAUGAUGAACAUAAUGGUGAUCGUAAUAAUAAAAAGACAAGCAAGAAAGAUGAUGCACUUCAAAAAGAAGAUGAAAACCUUUCAUCUGUAAAGAGUGAUGACAAAAAUUCUGAUACAAAGAUACCGCCAGAGCAGCAAGAAGAAUUUGAAGAUUUACAAACAGAAGAUUCUGAACAGAGAUCUCGCGUGAAUGAAGAUCUUCCUCCUACUGCGGAAGAGUUUGAAAGCGAAGAAAAUGAAGAGAAAAAGAAUGGAGUGUCUGGAGACGAAGAGAACGAAGACGAUGAUAGCGAUGAAAUAGUUAAAGAUUUAGCAGAACAAGAGCUGGCCAAUGAACAAAAUUCUAAGGAAGAUGAUAUCUCGCCUUCCCAGCAUGCACCUCCAUCCGCUUAUCCAAAAAUUGAUCUCAAGGAUAUUGCCCGUUACAUUUCUCUUUAUCGAACUGUCGCUAAAAAAUUAUUUGGAGAAGCGUUAGACAGCGCAAAGAAAGAAUUUAUUAUGCAGCAAUCGAAGAGAUCUGAUAUCCCACUUCCUAUAAAAGAAAGACUUCGUUCUGAGAAAAACUCUGGCAAUUCCUUGGAAAGAUUUUACAACAGCCAAAAUAAGACACGCGAUAUAAGCUUAACGAACCCAAAUAAUGCCCAAUAUACACAGACGGAUGAAGAAUGGGCGAACAAAGCUUACGAAGAAGCAGAGAGCUAUUUAAGAAGUAAAAUUCCAGAAUUCAAGAAUCUUGCCCUCCUGCUUUGUUUAACUAUCCAUUUUAUAUCAAUGAUCCAAAUAAAACUACGGAUGAAGAUAACACGAAUGAAGGUUGAUGACAUGAUUUCGAAAAAAUCUGAUAUUCCUGACAGUCCAGAACAGAAAUACAACAAAACUUUGACCGAGAUUUUAAGGAGAGAUCAUUUUGAAAAGAAAGUAUCUGAUCCUUAUGAAUAUUUACGUAAUAUGAUUCCUGGAGCAUCAAUGAAACCCAUUGCAAGUAAAAACGGCAUCACUUAUGUUCGUGAUAGUUAUUCAAGGCCGAUAAAACUACACUUGAAAAGUCAAUGGUUUGACCUGCUUGCAAAAAAACGAAACAGCGUACCUAAGGAACAAAUGAACGCUCCUCCGCGCCUCAAUGUUUUGCGUCCAGCUGUAGUCCCCAAAAUAUCUACUGGACCUGAAAUAUUGGCAGCUCAGAUGGUUCAUGAUAGAUCAACAGUGCCGAAUAAAUUUACAAAUCCUGCUGGACAGACAAAUGAUAAUGAAGUUGCGCACAAACAGUUGUUUUCUGGAGCUGACGAUGUGAACCUUCUGAAAUCAAAAGAAGCCGUAGCGUCGUUUCGACAACAGAUAAACACGAGAAGUCGAGUCACGGUUCAUGGGGUUGAAAAUACCAACAGUUUUCACCUUCCUCCAUUAAAUCACGGUGAACUACCGCCAUUGCAUCAUGGGAAUACUGGUAUCCACGUGAUUAGCUCAAUGACAAACGAAGGAACCAACAAAGGUGGAAAUUUGAAUAAGUAUACGACACAUAUUGUGCCUUUCUGCUAUGAUUUCUUCCAUUUUAAUAGGAGCGUCACAAACUGCUCAAUGACCUUACCUCUAAUCGAGAGAGUAGCAAAAAAGACAGCGAUGACUAACAAAGCUGAUCAGGCGCGACCAACUUCAGUUUAUCAUAAUACAAAUGUCGUUUCUUCUAUUUUAAAGAAGAACACUAUACACCACCCAGUACCAUAUUCACAGAGUUCACCCUUUUAUACGUGGCAAAAUGUUCAAACCCGUCAGGAAACGCCGACAAGUCCUUAUCCUAUACCUUUACCACCUGAAGGAUUACAAAAAAAUACAGGAACGACGGAUAAAGUAAACGAGGUGUUACCUACUGAAGUUUAUUAUGAUACAAUGAAUAAUAUUCCUUACACUCAACUUGAGGUUAACAACGAACACAAUGUCGCUUCUUCUAUUUUGAAGAAGAACAUUAUCCGCCCUGUACCAGGUGUGAAAUGUGAUAAAGGAUGGAAGAAAGCACCAGGGAAUCUCAACAAAUAUUGUUAUACUGUUGUGCACAAUAAUCUUUCGUGGAAAGACGCACGUGACUGGUGUGUCAAUAUUGGAGGAAAUUUGUUCAGUGUUAGAAAUGCUUAUGACCAAAGAUUUCUUGAUGGGAUUGUAACUUCACCUAUGUGGAUUGGAUACAAUGAUAAAGCAAAUGGUGGGAGUUGGUCAUGGGUGGACGGGUCAAGUUCCAUUUACACCAACUGGAACACAUCUUAUGAUGGUUACGAGCAGACAGAUUGCGCCAUCUUAGACUCUGAUAAUGGAAAAUGGAAGGAUGUUCGUUGCAACGAGAAACAUAAAUUCUUAUGCAAAAAAGACGGAGAUUGCGAUGAACAUCGUGGAUGGAAGCUACUGACCUUUUCAUUACUAAAACGUUGUUACAAAUUACGUGAUGAACUUAGAGAUUGGAAGCAAGCGGAUGGUAUUUGUAACAAAGAUGGAGGAAGCCUCGUGACUAUUUUGAGUGAAGAUGAACAGGCGAUGAUUUCGCAGGUUUACGGCAAUGAAAAUUUAUGGAUUGGUUAUACUGACCGAGAAAAUGAAGGGGACUGGUCAUGGAUUGAUAAAAUGACAUCAUCUUAUACAAACUGGGACGAGUCUUCACCAAACAAUGGGGGAAUUUCUUGUGCUUUAAUGUCGUCUACUGGCUCAUGGCAAGAUGAGUCAUGCAAGAAAAAGCACAAUUUUAUAUGUAGGAAAGAUAAAAAUUUCCAGAGAGAAAAUUCUCAAAACUAUUUGAUGCGUGAUCCAGUUACUGCACUCUCUCAAAAACAAAACGACGAACAAUUACAAAAAGAUGAUUUAUUAAUGAUGAAAACAUCACCAGCUGUUCCUGUCUAUUUUUGGCCUUUACUAAAGACGACCGCUGGACAUAGUCGUGGUACUGAUCACGUGACCGCACACGGAAAUUUUCGCGUGAUGCAUGGUGGUAUUGAAUUGAACGGUGUUGACGCUUGGCUUGAUGGUGGAGAUUUUCAUGGAAAAUGCUUUUCUGAUCCUAAACUUUGCAUUAAGGGAUUAUCAGUUGCCGUACAGAUAAAAUUGAAUGAAAGAACUAAGUUUUACAAAGCCAAACAUAUCAUUAUUGACACAAGCGGAGGAAAAAGAGGUGUAUCCAUAUACAUACGGGAUAACUCAAUCCACUAUCGUGUCAGCACAGAUUCCGAAGCAUGGGAACUAACCUCUGACUUAAUGAUCAACGAGUGGUUAGAUAUUGUAUUAUCGUGGAAACGCAGUGAAGGGCUGUCUAUCUAUAUAAAUGGAGCACUAAAAGAUCGAGUGAAGCUUGGGUACAAGAUAAAUCCUGUGAAGGAUCAACAAACACAUUUGUUGAUUGGAAAGAGUGUCAGAAACAUUUACACAAGCAUGUAUAUCAGCUCCAUCUCAAUCUAUCCAAGAGCACUGAAUGCAGAGAAUAUUCCAUUUGUGUUUACAUACGAUGACACGGUUGUACCAAGUUAUCGAUGGUUGCUCUCUAAGUUGAUUGUAUCUAAAGAAAGAGCUUAUAUUCCUUAUACUGGUGCUAUAAAAGUGUCGGGUUUUGUGAAACCAGUUGAUGGGGGAUUAUUUGUGAACGCGGACGCUGACAGUUUUCUUAGCUCUCAAAUUUCUAAAAAUGAAUGUUUUAUUGAUCCAGCAAAAUGUCCAUUUGGUUUAAGUUACAGCUGCAAACUGAAGUUCAACAAGAUUGUUCGCACCUACACCGACCCUAAAUACAUUCUUUACAGUGGCAACGAAGCAUCAGGGAUGUCAGCAUACAUUGUGAACAACAAUGUGUAUUUUGAUGUUACCAUGAGUACAGAUGAGGAUUCGUUUAAAUGGACUGUUAGGGCACCUCUAUAUACAAUAAGGUGGCAAAGUAUAGCAUUAUCUUGGCAACUUUCAAAAGGUUUGACUCUUUACAUCGACGGAAACUUCAGAAGCACAACAAAGAAACCCAAUGUCAUUCCAGUCGUACUAAGAAAGUCGAAGUCUGCAUUUAUCAUUGGCAAAAAGAAUGGAGAAGAAAGCGUUGGAUCUGCUGAGUUUUCAAUAGGAUCCUUAGCUAUAUAUGAACGUUUCUUGAGAAAUAAAGAUAUGGAUAAAGUAUUUGGAGAUAGGAGUAUGUCUUAUCCUGGCUUAGUGAGAGAAAUGUGGCGUGAUGUACCUGGUUCAAAAAUGAGUGACCUGCAGUCCAAUGCUUACUAUCCCAAUGAUCCAUCAGAUAUUGAAAUCAUCGAGAACUUCGAUGCACCUUUUGAUUUAAAUGGCGAGUUUGGUACAAGAAUAAAAGGUUAUUUUGUGCCUCCGGAAACCGGUUCAUAUAUUUUCUUUCUAUCUGGAGCACAAGCAGCAGAACUGUGGCUCAGUUCGAAUGAUCAGGAAGAAAAUCUUGAGAAAAUCAUUUCAUUUUCAAACGGAACAUUGCAUAAUCAAUGGAACAGGUCACCAUCUCAGCGUUCUAAUGCCUUAAACUUGGAGGCUGGUCGUUAUUAUUUUGUUCUUGCCUUACAAAAGGGAACAAGUUCAAGUGAUUCACUUUCUGCUGGAGUUCAACUUCCCAGUGGAAGAUUUAUUAGACCAUUGACAAAAGAAACUAUUCAAUGGAGACGGCCAGGUAAUCACCAUUCUGGUUUGAUCCGAGAAGUUUGGAAGGGAUUACGAGGUUAUCAGGUCGUUGAUCUUACAUCUAAUUUGAAUUUUCCCAACAAUCCUACAAGCAUUGAAGUGAUCGAUAAUUUUGAUGCACCAUUUAACGUUGAUGACAACUACGGCGCUCGAGUUCAAGGUUAUUUUGUUGCCCCAGAAACUGGAAGCUAUCGGUUUUAUCUGUCUGCAGACAGCACUGGUGAAUUAUGGAUAAGUACAGACGAAAGUGAAAAUAACUUGCGAAAAGUUGUUGCUAUCACUGGUUGGACAAAUCACAAUGAAUGGUUAAAGUAUGCUGAACAGAAAUCUGAAAAAAUUUCAAUGAAAAAGGGGAGAUUUUACUACAUUGCGAUGUAUCACAAAGCCGAGAAGUUGGGCGAUUGUGCUUCAGUGGCUGUUGAAAUGCCUAAUGGCCAUUUUGAGGGUCCAAUUAAACAAAAACAUUUACGUUGGAAAUUACAAGAUGGUAUGACAGGACCUGGGCCUUCAUCUCUACGUACAGUUUUACCUCAACCAAUUGGCUUGUUUCCAUUGGACGAAAUGGUUUAUGAAGAUGAUGGUUUGAGCAAAGAAAAAUUGCAGCUUCAUCAUGUUCAUAUAACAAAUGGCCCAGAUGACAAAAAAACUGCUUACGAGUUUUCGGGAAAGGAAGAAUCAUAUGUUGAGAUACCGUUCUCAAAAAAAUUGGACACACGUUAUUCUAUGACUGUUCUCGCAUCCAUAUUCCCUGUCGGAAAAGAUGGUCCAGUCAUUCAUUACAGUUCUGAAAAAUGGGGUGUACAUCUUUGGCAAUAUAACGAGAAUCAGUUGUUUGCGCGAUUUGUAAAACGAAAUGGAAUUUUUACCGAACCUCUUGCUGCGAGAGUUUUACAGCGAGGCAAAUGGAACGACGUUGGUGCAUCUUACGACAAUUCCACUGGCGUAGCUCAGCUUUGGCACAACGGGAAGAUGGUGGAAAGUCGAAAUAUCGGGCAAAUAGAGCUUCGUACUCAAUAUCCAAUACGACUUGGUGCAGAUAGUCGUGAUGAACGAUGGUUUAAGGGGAAAAUAUCGUGCGUUCAGUUUUACAAUGUUGCUCUUACAGCUGACGAAAUUGGAAGAUUGAGGAAUUGUCCUGUUAAAGGUUUCAAAGAUAGAAAAUCAGGCUUGAUGAACUAUCCUGUAAAUUCUAUCAAUCAACUCCAGGAGGAUGAUACGAUGGAAGAGAUUCAAGGUUUAGAAUUGACAAGUGUGAAUAAAUGUCGUCCAAGUCCUUGUCAAAAUGGAGCAAGUUGUACUGUUGAUCUCAAAAGAAUGGAUGGAUAUCGAUGCAUUUGCACCUCGGACUUUGCUGGUCGACAUUGUCAAGUUUCAAAACCUGAUGCGAAGUCUCCCAUUGUUAAGACGACAACAUUGUCUAAUACACUGUUCGAUGUCACCUUAAACAAAGCCAUGCCAAGAAAGAAACUUUCUUCUGUUCUUGUCAUAAUAAAAGAACAAAAAGACGCUGUGUUAUUGUAUCAAAAAGUUGGAUGCUUUCAGGACAACGUUCACCAACGAGAUUUGUCUGCUCAUCCUACACUUGUUGCAAUCACUCAAGAAAAGUGUGUGAAAGAAUGCGCCAUACAGGACGAGGCUUUCUCCUAUUUUGCUCUUCAAAAUGGAAGUAAAUGCUUUUGUGGACAACGUUACGGAAAAUAUGGACGUGUGCCCGAAGAAAUGUGCAACAAACAUUGCUUAGGAAAUGAAGAAGAAAACUGCGGCGGUGAAAACAGUAACAUGAUAUAUUUCUAUGGAAUUGCCACUAACUACACAAUCCACACAUAUACUGGUAAUGCUCAAGAUGCUGGAACUCGUGCAAACAUCUAUUUAACCUUGUUCGGUGAUAAAGGAGAUUCUGGAUUUAGAAUGCUGAAUUCUGGAGAUAAAAAUUAUCAAAAGGGAAGUGUUGCGACACAAACUAUGAUUUUACCUGACCUUGGAAGUUUAAGAAAAGUAAGAGUUCUUCAUGAUAGCACAAGAGAUGAUCCUAGCUGGCUUCUGGAUAAAAUUGUUAUCGAGGAAGAGGAACAAGGAAAGAUGUAUGAAUUUCUUUGUAACCAGUGGUUUAGUAAGGAUGAAGACGGUGGAAAAACGGAAAGAUUGCUUACUUUGAAGAAAAGAAAACGCAGUCAUUAAAAAUCAAACGAAAUCUUUUGAAUAAAAUAAAGCUAAUUCGUUUCGGGUUUAUAUCUAAAAACAUUAAAACUUAAGAUUGUAAACUUCGGUAGAAGCACUAAAUGGUUGCAUAGUGUGAUUUAAUACACAUAUUUUAGCAUUAUAAACGACUUCUACAAGAUAUAUGCGAGAUAUAAUUCACGAGAAAUAAACAUUAUAUGCAUAACAAAAGUCACAAGUGUGAAUCUUUCAAUAAAGACGCUUGUUUCUUGGUGCU